AUGGCGACCCAGUGGCCCUUGCUUCCUCUCAGUAUGGCCGCGAGCAGCGUCGUUCUUCAGGUCCAUGGCCAGAUCGACAAGUUAGCUGGUUUUAUAAGCAUAGACUGUGGCCUGCCGGCGAAUGCCGUCGGCUACGUGGACAACACGACGAAGCUGCGGUUCACCGGCGACGCUGGUUUUACCGACGCAGGCAGUAACCAUAACAUCUCUGCCCAGUACAUCACCCCGACGAUGCCCUGGGGCUGGCACACCGUCCGCAGCUUCCCCACCGGCGCACGCAACUGCUACACGCUCCGGCCACUCGUGUCGGCAGGGCCCAAGUAUCUCGUCCGUGCCAUGUUCAAGUACGGCAAUUACGACGGUCUUGACAUGCUUCCCAUCUUCGACCUCCACCUCGGGGUUAACUAUUGGAAGACGGUGAACAUCUCUGAUGCAAGCUCACCGACGAUUGAGGAAGUCGUCGUUGUGGUCCCUGGCGGUUCCGUGCAGGUGUGCCUCGUGAAUACUGGCUCAGGGACGCCGUUUAUCUCCAGCCUAAACCUGAGGCCCCACAAGAGCGAGCUCUACCCGCAGGUCAAUGAGACGCAAGGGCUCGUUCUUGUCACCAGGACCAACUUUGGAACUCCCAAGAAUGUCAGGUACCCAGACGAUCCUUACGACCGUGCAUGGCUUCCAUGGAGAGAUCCAAGGGAGUGGUCAGAGAUCUCAACGACCAAGAGUGUGAUCAAGGUCGACAGCUUCGAAGUGCCAUCUGCCGUUAUGCAAACCGCCAUCAAGCCCCUUAACUCCUCCUCCCCCAUCCGAUUCCACUGGGACGCGGAACCGAACGCCAACAACCCCAUCCCAAGGUAUAUUUGCAUGUUGUACUUUGCAGAGCUAGAGAGCAACGCGGUGCAUGAGUUUUAUAUCACCAUGAAUGGCAAGCUCUUGUAUCCUCUCGUCAUGUCGCCCCGGUACCUUGUAACCGAUGCCAUCUACAACGACAAACCCUACCAUGGGUUAGACCGGUACGACAUCUUGCUCAAUGCCACCGCGAACUCGACCCUUCCCCCGAUCAUCAACGCCGUCGAGGUAUUCUCGGUCCUCCCUACCACGGGCGUAGCCACGGCGGCUCAAGAUGUUUCUGCCAUCACGGCGAUCAGAGACAAGUACCGGGUGAAAAACAACUGGAUGGGGGAUCCAUGUGUGCCGAGAAAAUUUGCGUGGGAUAGAUUGAGUUGCAGCUAUUCUGUCUCCAGCUCACCAACUGUUACAGGCUUGAACCUAUCUUCUAUGGGUCUGAGUGGUAACAUCUCGUCUUCUUUUGGGGAUCUCAGAGGAUUAGAGUACUUGGAUUUGUCACGCAAUAAUCUGACGGGCUCCAUUCCUGACAGUCUUUCACAAUCUUCAUCCCUUAAACUUCUUGAUUUGACAGGAAAUCGGCUUACAGGAGAAAUUCGUUCCAGGCUUCUGAAAAGAAGUCAAGAUGGCUUCCUAACUCUCAGGUUAGUCCCCUACUAG